AUGCAUUUACAUUCCGAAGCACAAAGUUCGAAUUCAUCUUCAAGCAACAAUAAGACUCGGAAUCAUCAAGAUUCGGAUCAACUCCUACAAGAUGAAUCAAAACCGAAACUACAGGAUUGGUUUUCAACGUGUUUGGCCCAGAGAAGAUUUAAUUAUGAAUUUUCAAACCGUUCCGAAGGAAAUGAUAGCAAUAAUAAUUCAAGUACGAGAGAUGAUAAUAUUUCUUUGAAUUAUAUUUUGAAUCAAGUACUAUUUCAAAACGAUCAUAGAAAACCAGGUCAUCAUGAAAAAUAUUAUUUGAAUUUGUUCUUUGAUUUCAUUGAGCAUUCAGGGAAAAAGAAUAAUAAUUCAAUAUUUUGUGAAGGGGUAGUCAUUGUUGGUGGAAUGAAAAGUUGGAGAUCUUCUUCAGAAUUUUAUAAUCCAAAAUCAUCUAGGAAUAAUUCUGAUCGAUCACAAUGUAAUUUUCAUAUCGAGGAAGUGUUUUGGCUCUCUCCGAGUGAUUCUAAAUUAGCACCUUGUCCUCUUUUCAAUCGUCUCAAUCUUGAAAGAGUUAAUGCCAAAAUUAUUGAUGAGUACAAGGUUGAUACAACUAAGAGGCAUAAUAAGGAAGAAUAUUAUAAUGAUGUCUUGUUUGCCAUCGUAGUCGACAGUGACAGAAAUUCUGAAACCAUCACACUAAGCAGACAAUUUGAAGAGAAAUUGGCAGAUUUUGUCACAUUUCCUAUUCAUACUCUGCUCUCUACUCAACCACCUUGCUACAAUUCUCGUAGGGAGCGAGAAGAGGUUUUGAACAAUCAUUUUAACAGCUUGGUGGAAACGAAGAGUUGGUUUAUUGACCCACUGGAAUCUCAUAUUCUAUUAGAACGAAUUUUUAAGGAGCCACCACAGGUUGCGACACCCACUGAAGAUGGUGAGAAUAACCAGCAAACAUCUAUCAAAAAGCAAAUCGUGCCAAUGAAUUAA